AUGGAGGUCAAGUCUACACCUGAGCUGAACCACACACCUGUUAUUGGUGUGUUAGCGCAGAAUUUCAACAAACCAAUCCCCAAGAGAAUAUCCUCCAACCCCAACAGAUCCUACAUCGUAGUAUCAUACGUGAAGUACCUGGAGGCAGCGGGAGCCAAAGUCGUUCCUAUACAUAUUAACAAGACAGAAGAUGAAUACAGGGCUCUGUUUAUGUCUAUCAAUGGACUACUUAUUCCUGGUGGGAAGAAAAACAUGUUGACAUCUCACUUUGCAAGAACUGCAAGACUGUUUUUGGAGCUUGCUAAGGAGGCUAAUGAUCAGGGCGACUAUUUCCCAGUGUGGGGGACGUGUCUUGGUUUUCUUCUUAUGGUGACGGUUGCUAUUGGAGACAGGGUUUUAACUGCCACACAUACUAAAGCUAUGGCACUACCCCUGACCUUUACAGAAGAAGCCAAAGAGAGCAGGAUGUUGAAAAGUAUCCCAAAGGACACACUUCAGGCUCUGGCCUCUGAGCCUUUAACUGCCCACAACCACACAUACAGUGUGGACAUGGACACCUACAGGAAGUUUGAGAGCCUAAAUUCUUUUUACCGAGUACUUACCACAAAUACCACAGAUGAAGGCAUAAAGUUCUUUUCAACAAUAGAAGCGUACAAAUAUCCUUUUUACGCCUCGAUCUGGCACCCGGAGAAGAGCCAGUUUGAGAGGACCAAGUCUUCCGAGGCCCACUCUCCCUCUGCGGUGAAAGCUGCCCAGCACUUGGGAGACUUUUUUAUCAAUGAAGCGAGGAAAAGCAGACACAGUUUUAACAGUGAUGAAGAGGAGAAGAAAGCCCUGAUUAAUCAGUACACUCCGACCGACACUGCAGACUGGACCAUCUGGAAGGAGAUCUACUUCUUCUGA